CCUGCUUUCAAUUGCCUGUCUCAAUCUGCAAGAGAAUCCAGUCAGCACUGACUAGGUUCUGGUGGGACUCUAAGGCGGAUAAAAAAGGCAUGUGUUGGGUGGCAUGGGACAAGCUCACCAAGUCUAAGCAUGAUGGAGGCUUAGGGCUGAGAGACCUGAGGAAUUUUAAUGCCGCUUUGCUUGAAUCUCUGUCUAAAGCGAUCACGGAUGCAAAGGAUUGGCUCUCAGCUCAAUCUAAGAAGUUGCCUCCUGUAUCGAGCUCCGCGACUGCUCACUCACGGAUGAACGGCUCUACUUUGAGUAUCUCUGGUAUGUCUUGUAGAUCAGACGGGGCAUGGCGCAAGGAUCUUCAAGCUGCGGGUUUAGGCUGGACAUCCUCAGUCCCACCAGGAAUCACCUCUCAUCAUUCUGCACUUUGCGAGAAUGUCUCUUCACCUCUUAUGGCAGAAAGCUUGGCCUGUAGAGCUGCAAUUAUGGAUGCAAUUGAUUCAGGAGCUACUCAUCUACUUCUAGAAUCCGAUUGUCUACAAUUGGUUGGUGCCAUCAAUGCCCAAUCAAUUAUCUUGGAAAUCCAUGGGAUCAUCUCUGAUAUCUUCCUAUGUGUUAAUUCUCUUUCAAGUUUUACUUGUCGUUUUAUUCCUAGGUCGGCAAAUGUUGUGGCUGAUACUCUCGCUAAGCAUUGCCUUAGUUUGUACGGACAGAACAUUUGAUGAGCUUAUAUAUUAUUGGAUUAGGUCAGUUUUAUUUUGAAGUCAUGUAUGGAGAUGAAUUGAUGCUUUUAACACAUUGUUUGUGUCUGUUUGUAUCUGUUUUGGUUUCUAUACACAUGAUUGUUUGGUUUCUUUGAGAUUUAUGUGUUAAAAUGAUGAGGUUGUGAUAUAGAUUAGGUCAGUUUUAUUUUGAGGUCAUGUAUGGAGAUGAAUUGAUUUCUUUUAACACAUUGUUUGUGUCUGUUUGUGUCUGUUUUAACAAAUUCCUCUUGAAUUG